CGGCAGGCGGACCGGCAGGAGGACUACAGAGCCCGGCAUGCCCUGCGGCAGGAGGACCGGCGGGAGGACUACAGAGCCCGGCAUGCCCCGCGGCGCGCGCGGCUCCAAGAUGGCGGCGCCCAGGGACGGCACGAGCGCGGACAGCGACUCGGACUCGGAGAGCAGCGGCGGGGCGGCAGAGCGAUUCCGGGAGGCGGCCUGGGACUGCGCGAAGCAGCAGGCGGAGUCCCGAGGCGGUGAGAGACGAGGCGGUGCCCUGCCUGUGCCAGGCUUUGGGCGCAGCUCUUUCUCACGUCCUACUGAGCAGCGGGAGGCUGCUCGGCCCAGCCUAAGACGUGAGGUGAAUGACCAUGAUGAGGAUGGAAAUGAGCUACAGACCACACCAGAGUUCAGAGCACACGUUGCAAAGAAACUGGGAGCAAUGCUAGACAGUUUCAUCACUGUCUUGAAGGAUUCAUCAGGACCUUCAGCAGCUUGUGUGCAGCAGUUUGACUGUGGAGAUGAUGGUUUUCGCCUCUUCUCCUCCUCUGUCCCAGGAGGCUGUGGGCAAUCAGAGCGAAGCCCUGCCCCAAGGAGGAGACGGCCACCCAGUUCCAGUGACUCAGACAGUGACCAAGAGUGGCAAAAGUACCAGGAGGCUGCUGUGUCAGCAGCAGACAUUCUGAAGCAAAGUGCUUUUCCUGCACUGUCCCAGGAUUUCAGCCAGAAUACGUGUCAGGGUUAUGUGGAGCACAGACAGAAGAAAAAGAAAAGAAAGAAAAUUAAGGGAGAGAACAAAACUGAAGAGAAAAUAAUAGACCCAGCAGAGUGUGACCAGGACAGCAGAGAUUUGCCACGGUUGGUUUCUGCAAAUGGACAACACAAGAGACAGGACAGCAAUCAUACAGAUAACAACACGGUGUCACCAGGGGCUGUGAAGAAGAAAAAGAAGAAGAAAGAGAGAGAAUAAAUGCUUUGCUCUGCAAAUGGACAGAUGGCAUCUACACCCAGGGUACCACCCGUUCCCCUUGCUGCAGCAUGUUAAAACAGCUCAGAUGGCUACAGAAGGCUAAAAAGAAGUAACCUUUUGGAGUCCACGUUAAAACAAUGUAAGAAACUCCAGUGUGAACACAUAAAAAGAUGUCUUUUAGUUUCAAAGAUUCAUGUUUAUUGUAAUACAAAAAGAGCAUUUAAGAAGCGGUGAGAUUUGAGAUUCUCCUACUGAUGCUUUGAUACAAUUUGUGUGCGUUUUACUCCCAAUUACAAUUUUGCUCAUCCCCACCCCACCCUAGAAGACAUAGCCAAUAGUAGUAAUUGUGCAUUGCAGUUACAGCAUCCAACCACAAUACAUAGUUUAUUCGUAAUGCAUCCUUAGAAUUCAAGGAUUUUAAGAGUGAAGACAACAGAUUGGGGGUCUCCUGCAAUGAAUGACAGAGAAGAUUCUGUUACACAACGUUACUUAUUUAUCUUUUUCUGUGGUAUGAUGAUUUCUUUUAUUUAAACUAAGAUGGAGACUGUUAUCACUGUUCUUAUUUAAAAGGUUGCCUGCUCUGAGUUCUGUGAGUGUACGUGCUUGUUGUGUGCUUUGGGGGUGAGGGGGGACACAGCCCCGAGUUCAAAAAUAACCAUCAGUCUGCCAAGGGAACUGUAAAGAGAAGAAAACGUAGCAACAAAUGAUCUGCCUAUAUUGUGUGGUUUCAAGGAUUCCUUAUACACCCAGAAGCCUUCUGCCUUGAUUCUGUGCACCCUGCAGCUGCAGAGGCUUUUAGAACAGCCUGUCUUGAAGCCAGUGGGAUUUGAAGACUGUGAGAACCACGAAAUGAACGUCUGCUUGUAGGUUGGGACCUCACUGAAUGCUACGGCUGGAUGCCACGUGGAGAAUCCUGAGCUGAAUAUGGAAUCUAUUCAAGUACUGGAAAGGAGGUAAGUCUUCUCAAUCACUUUAACAUUCUAAACUAUAGGCACAUAAACAACAAAGAAAAGAAGAAAGAAAUAAGUGUUCUUUAAACAACUCCCUCAUCACCUUUACCUUCACUGUAACUCACCAGCCCGUGUUAGUGAAUGCUUUGAGGCUCUGUUCAGUAUUUCAGGUUCUCCAGUUCUCCAGUGCAGGAAAACUAGUGAUCUUUAUAGUGUUUCUUCAGAGUUCCAAAUUAUGAGCAAUCAGACCGUGCACUUGGGAAAAAGAGAGGAGACUGCUGCCAUGUAUUACCUAGCACUCCUAUUUUGUGCACUGACACAACAGAUUGCAAUAUGGUAUUUCUCAGGUUUUUACCAUUUCCAUAACAUGCUGCUGGGAGGUGUGAGGUAUUAAGGAUAGCAGAGGCCAAGGUGGGUAACAGCAAAGCUUUAAGGCUGGAUUCCAGUUCUAGUAGCAGAGCAGAAAGUAAACAGUAGAGUGCCAUAACCCAAACAAUAUACUUCUGUAGCUAAAUUGCACCUCACAGAUUUUGCAUUGAGAAUGAGUAUUUGAAAGGAGUUUGUUUUGCUGUACUCACUUUCAUUUAUUACCAGUGUUUAGUAUGUGUUGAUUUCCUUAAUUGCAACAAUUUGCUGGGCCGUGACUUGAUUCUUAAAUUACUCAGACUGAUGUGAUCCUGGUGGUUUUGGCAGGGCCAGCUCUUCAAGUUUGGAAAUACUGAAUGAUUUUGCUCAUUCUUCUCUUGUUUGCAGUACCUGCUUUUAAAUUUCUUGCUGCAAAAUUGCUUGCUUUUCCUUAAAUUCAGUGCUUCAAUGAUAAGACAUAAGCAGCUCUACUACACUAAACUGGCCAGCAGUAGCAGCAGGCUUGUGAAUAAUGUUUUAUUAACAGAUUGGUUUAGAUGCACAUUUGAGAAACAUAUCAAUUAGUAAUCACAAAAAGUCAGAUUUCUAUUUUAUUUUAAUGGCAAACAAAGAAUAAACAUAAUUUCCCAGCACGUAGCAGGGGGGUUGAAACUAGAUGAUCAUUGUGGUCCUUUUCAACCCAGGCCAUUCUACGAUUCCAUUCUAUGAUAGUAAAGACUCUUUAAACAUGCUUGAAUGCUUUGCACUGUUAUAUGUUUUUCAGUUAUGUUUUUCUUCAUUUAUCCUGAAGUACAGACAGUCUAGGCCAUUUUAGGUAAGGAUGUGUCCACUUCCUCCAUUAACUGUUCCAACAUAAUCUUUCUCUGCUGCAUUUAAUAGAGUAAUUGAACUGUGGAUUACUUAAUACUGGCAGCCGCUGCAUGAAAGUAUAAAUGGGUAUAUAGUAGAAUAUACAGUAGGAUUUUCUUAUUAUUUAGACUUAUUAGUCUGUAUUCUCCUUAUUACACCAGGGAAAAACCCAAGUAAUAGACAGUAGGGUCCUGUGAACAGACCGGAGAGCAGACAAUAGACUCCCAAAGCCUGAAUUCUAGUAUCAGUACGACUGUUACCUUUGUUUUCAUGUGUUCAGUUAUAUCCAUCCUUAAGAGUUCCUGAUGAAAAAAUACAGUAAUUAGCUAAGAUAAAGGCAGCCCAAUGUGACUUCAAGGAACACAAAAGGGAAGAAAGAAAUCUAACUAUUUCUAUGACAGAAAUGCUCGCAGAGCGAGCUUGUAUGGGUCUGUGAAUGCGGUGGGAACAUUACCACUGGUGGAAGAAAUGCAGAGAAGUGGUUCUCCUAGUAAUUCUUUACCAUUUUACUCUUCUUCCUGCUGAGAGUGCGAAAUGCUUCAUUGGCCUGAAUGGCAUUUAACAUCACCCCUGUGAAAUGUGAGAGUUAUUAUUACAGUGUUUGCUCCUAUUUCCACGGUUGGAGAAAAAAGAAUGCAAAUGACAAAACUGAUUCUAAUUUGUGCCCUGGGAGCUCAGUCCCAAGUGGUACCCAGGACUGUGAACAAUCCAAGGUAAUUGCUGUUUGUGUUGUUUCCAGAGGGUCAGAUUUCAGUGUUGGUGCAAACCCUGGGUAUCUCAGUGGGAAAGGACUCAGAUACAUGGUGUUAAUGUUCCCAAUAUAUACACAUUUAAUGCUUUAAUUGAGUAAUAUUUGUUGUAAAUAUGAAUAGUAACAUAACUGAAAAAAUGACUUUACAAAAAAGGAAAGUUAGUUUUUAUUUUGUUGUUGUUUUUUUCCUCCUUCCUACUUUCAAUUACAAGUAAGAGUACAAUCAGAAAAUUUUUAGAGGGCAAUGCUCUGUUGUAACUGAGACACAGGAACAGCCUAACAAGUUCCUCAUUAUCACUACUGGCAGGAUGCAGUUGCAUUCAGAAAAAUGAAUGUUUUGCUCUUUAUGAUCAAAGGCUGUGUUUAAACUUUGGGAUUGUCGGUGAUGCUGAGGCUGAACUGUAGCAGCCAUUAAGAACUACAGCAGAUGCAGAGCGGGGAGUUCUGGUGUGAAAAUGCCUUAGGACCCAAUGGCUUUAAAUUAGAGGUGAUCUCCCUCUUUACAAUUCUUAUUCUGGUACAGAGAAUCAGGACAGUGUCCUUCUCAUUCAUCUGUCAGUUCCCCCUUCACAUACAGACAGCCUCCAUCAUCAGGGUGAGGAUGUUUGAGAAUAGGAACAGCUGAAGAGCUCAGUUAAUGAAGGAGUUUCCCACUAGGUGGUAGUGAAGAGAAUCAUGUCGCAUACUGGUCAGAGCACGUUUUAAUUAUUUUUUAUCAAGGGGAAUCCCAUGAGGAUCUUACAAGCAGAAUAGCCUAGCAUAGCUCUGAGCUAUACUGUCAAAACUGGAUCUCUUCAUUUUUUUCAUUCCUUUUUUACUUAUUUCCAUGCCAUUUGUUCCUCCCAAAGCCAUGCAGGGUUGACAGCUUUACUUAUUAUGUCCUCUCCUGAAAGGUGAAGUGAAUCUACAUGAAUCUAUUCUGGCUCUCUUUCCACCUCCAUUAUAAAGGCAUAAAGGCAGAGUUGGAUAACGCCAUUUAAGCCCUUAGGAGGUGAGGACUUUGCAGCCAGUCCUUUGAUCUGAUUCUCCACAUACUUUCCCAUCUGUGCUCUGAGAGCUACAUAAAAGAAAAUACAAUAUUUUUGGAUGCUGCUAGUUUUGAAAUACUUUGACAAGUCAAAGCAGUGCAUCAGUCUAUAUCAAAGACACCAGACAGAACAGCGGUUUUGGAAGGGCUUUGUAAUGUCAGAGUACAUUCUCACUGAAAUUCAGAGUAAAGCUCCCCUGUAGGUCCAAAGCAAGCACAUACAAAAGAGAUUAUGAGAAAAUUAUCUGGGGGGAUGCAGGCUGUGCUCCCCUUUAGAGUAACACAGGUGCUGGGUCUGCAAGGAGGAACACAUUUCUCCUUGAAUUCAUCCAGCUACUCUAACGUAAUGAUAGACCAAGCUUGCAAAAUCAUGUAGUAGUUUAUGCACCAACCCUGAGAUGCUGGAAAAAAAAUUAUACUUCAAUAGCUCAUCAGCUAAAAAUCACUUGUGUCAAAUUAAUGUGCUGUAAAUUUUGCAAGAUAGAAAUUGGAAGCGUUUCAAUAAACAGGAAUACUGUUGCUUUAUAGA